ACUGAACCCCGCCUCCCAUGGCUGCUGCUGGCUGCUCCAAGGCCGGGGCCCUUUUCAAGCUCACUCUGGGGCUUACUCCUGCAGCAGCACCCAGGGCUUCUGGGAUAGGGGUCGGGAACUCCCAGCGCUGUUGUGUCUUUGCCUUCUACCCCUGGACUAGGGAUUGCUGCAGAGGGGAAGGAAUGUGUUAUUGGCCUCCUGCUAUGUCUCACCUACCCCAGUCCCGAGCCUCCUCAGCUUCUACUUCUACCUCUACCUGUUUUCUCUGUCCACAGGACACUCUCAGCGAUAGCCUGAAAACUUGUUUCAAGUACUUGAACCAGACUAGCCGAAGCUUUGCAGCAGUCAUCCAGGCACUCGAUAGUGGUCUGCGCAAUGCUGUGUGCAUAUUUUAUCUGGUUCUUCGAGCUCUGGACACUGUGGAAGAUGACAUGACAAUUAGUAUGGAAAAAAAGGUCACAAUGUUGAAAAAUUUUCAUUCCUACUUGUACCAGCCAGAUUGGAGUUACAUGGAAAGCAAUGAAAAGGAUCGGCAAGUCUUAGAAGACUUCUCAACGGUCUCCUUGGAGUUUCGAAACCUGAAGGAGAGCUAUCAAGUGGUGAUUCAUGAAAUAUGUCAAAAAAUGGGUAAUGGAAUGGCAGAGUUUUUGGGAAAGAAAGUGAACUCCGUGCAGGAAUGGGAUAUGUAUUGUCACUAUGUUGCUGGACUAGUGGGAAUUGGCCUUUCUCGUCUGUUCUUGGCUUCAGAGUUAGAAGAUCCCAUUAUUGGAAAAGACUUGGAGCUUGCCAAUUCUAUGGGUUUGUUCCUACAGAAGAUAAACAUCAUUAGAGAUUAUCUAGAAGAUACGAUGGAAGGGAGAGAAUUUUGGCCCCAAGAGGUUUGGAGUAGGUAUGCCAAGAAGUUGUCUGAUUUCACCAAACCAGAGAAUAUUGACUUGGCUGUCCAUUGUCUCAAUGAACUGAUUACUAAUGCUUUACAGCACAUCCCAGAUAUCCUCACCUUUCUUUCCCGACUAAGAAAUCAAAGUGUGUUCAACUUUUGUGCUAUUCCACAGGUGAUGGGUAUCGCUACUCUGGCUGCCUGUUAUAACAACCAACAAGUGUUCAAGGGAAAAGUAAAGAUUCGGAAGGGGCAAGCAGUAACACUUAUGAUGGAAGCCACCAACAUGCCAGCUGUCAAAGCUAUCAUGUACCAAUAUAUGGAGGAGAUUUAUCAAAGAAUUCCAAACUCGGACCCAUCUUCCAGCAAGACAAAGCAGAUUAUCUCCUCUGUCCGGAAACAGAAUUUUCCCAGUUGUCAGCUAGUCUCACGGAACCACUAUUCUCCCAUUUACCUCUCCUGUGCCAUGCUUUUGGUUGCAUUAAGCUGGCAAUAUCUUAGCACCAUGUCCCAGGCCACAGAAGACUAUGUUCAGACUGGAGAACACUGAUUCAGAAGUCAAUCCAAGUUCAAUAUUCAAUGGAAUAUUUUUAAAGUUUCUUUUAUCCUUUUUAAAACUCUACCAUGGCAUAAAUCCUCAGAAACUGAAAUGCUAUUGAGAAGAGUGUAAAAUAAAAAGAGGAUGACCCGAUCUCUUAUUCUACUUAGCUGGCAGGAUUUCUACAACAAAUGAUUACACACGACUGCCAGAGAUUUGUUUUCAUAGGAAUCCUUCCUUAUAGGAUCAUAAUGAAAUAUAUUUAACUGGAAGUGACCCUAGUGCUUGGAAUUUUGGACAUUUAGUCUAGUAAAAGAUUCCUAUGUUGUGUCUCUGUGUGCAUGUGUGCAUACAUGCAUUUGUUUCUCUAUUUGUUUUCUGGAUGUAUAGUAGACUUUUUUUCUCAUCAGUCUCUUUGCUGAACAUAGAAUGAAUGUCACUGUUUAUUAAGAAUAAGAACUCUUCAUUGCAUGAGUUUCCGAGGUUAAUCUGUGAGUCUUCCUGAUUUUUUUUUUUUGAUGGAAUUUUGUUUCAAAAGAAAAAUAACUGGCUAAUUCCUAUAUAUUACCCUGACCCCAUUUUAGGAGGUGAAGGAAAACCUGCUUGCCUCUAAUAAAGGCUAAAAUUUGUAAAUGUUUCUACAAUAAAUAUUUUUAAUAUUCUGUGA